AUGACAGUUUGCAGGCGAAACCUACCAAUCAAAGCAGGUGAGGUUUCAUCCAAAAAUAAUGAAGAACCAGUUGGAAAAGUAACCAGAUCAUCCUACUCUUAUCAAAGUCCCAAAGACAAAGAUAGCUUACCCAGCAUAACAUCAUCGACGACAACAUCUGUAAUAGGCAGCCGAAGGAGUUCUGGUCCUAAAAUAGAGGAAAUUACAGACUCUGAUUCAACUUUCGAAACUAACAGGAGAUACUCAAAAGAAUAUACAGUGGAAGAAGACGAGGCUGUUGCAGACAGAAGAAGUUCUGCUGUAUCAGUGGAAGGAAAUGUGAAAACAUACACGUCAAUAUUGAAAAAUUCUAGUGAGUCAGGCCGUCGUUCUUCUGGUCCGAGAAUUACUGAUGUUACCGAUGUAAAUAGUGAACAACAAGAAAGGCGAACUUCAAUUACUACAACCAUCUCCUCAAGAGUUUCACCUGAUAAUGCAGAAGCAAAAUCUGCCUCCUCAAAUCGUCAGCAGAGCUUUAAAAAUGAGGAUAAUAAGACUGAAACGCAGAAAAAAGUUAUAACACGAGGUGAUUCAGUUAAAGCUCUUCAACAUAAGUUUCAGCAAGCCACAGUGACUGAAUCAACAGACAGUACUGAAGACGCAGAAGCUAGGGCAUUGUUAAAUAAGUUCCUGGGUGCCUCUGUUAUCUUGCAGGGAAUGGAGCAAGGUAUGAGAGCUGCUCAAAAACAACCAGAAACUGAAGGUCCUCCCACAGCCCCAUCGAGCGCCGCGCUUGUCAUUCAGGCUGAAAAGCAGCGAGUCAAGGUUUAUAAAUAG